AUGUUGUUCCCGCAGUCUAUUUUACUCACGCGAAGCGACGUCGAGCCCAAAGUGCUGAUUCAAGCGCUCCAAAGACUAGAGAAUAUCAUCAACGACAAUCCAGAUUUAGACACCCAGAAACUAGACCACCUUUUAUACUUGGUAGAAAAACUACGAACUCGCAAACACGCGACAGAUAAAGAAUCUAAGAUACUACACAGAGACGUUAUUAUAUUCAUUGGUAAAUAUGGCAACAAUAACUACAUAAAUAAUUAUGAAAAUGAUAAUAUAAUAGCUCAACUAAAGGACAAGCUGUCUUUGAAUAUACCGAAUCCUGAUGAAGGUACUUCUUAUAAGAUGAACUUGCAAAAGAUAUUGCAGUUGGCAAUAAUCCAUGAGAACCCUGAAGCCUUGCAGAGGCUGUUAAGCAUCAUGUGCGCUAACUUAUCAGCAAGCAAAGACCCGACUCUCCAGCUGUCUCUAACGCUAGUGAUCCGAGCAUUGUGCAGGGCCCAUUCUCACACUUCUAACGUGGACGCGGCCAGUGUGCAACAGGCUGUCUUACUGUGUGAUUCGGUGCCUUGCCUCACUGCCUUAUUGAGGUACAUAAGCGAAGAGAAGUCUCCUGGUGUUAGGAGAAUGCUCUCGGACGCAUUGGAAGGGCUGCUGUUGUCUAACGCGGGCUCCGAAGCCGCGGAGCAGUUGGGAAGAGUCGCGGCCGAGCGCGCCCGGGUCAUGGUGGCUAGCGAGCAAGGUUGGUGA